AUGAGAAGAUUUCUAUUUCCUUCUCAACGCAGGGGGCUUUCCCUUGCCCGUAAUAGCUACUAUGGAUCAAUUUCUAUUACUCAGAUAACUCCUCAACACCUUUCAUUACCAAAGCAUCAAAUAGCUAAACCAGAGACACACUCCUCUCUGCGAAGAUUCCACAGCAGCUCUCGCUCAAGCUUAAGCGCUUCUCCUCCUCAUUUUUUCAAUGGCGACUCCACCAUUUAUGCGCUCUCGACGGCGCCGGGACGGGCUGCUAUUGCUGUGAUACGAAUCUCGGGCCCGGCGUGUUUGCAGAUAUAUCGAUCAUUAUGUCCACGAUCCCGCGAUCCCAAGCCCCGCGUGGCAACCGUACGCGCGCUAUACGACCCGUCGACAGAAGCCUCGCGAAACACGGUGCUCGACGCAGCAGCCUUAGUGCUGUACUUCCCCAGUCCCCGCACCGUCACUGGCGAGGACAUACUCGAGCUACACGUCCACGGCGGCCCGGCAAUCAUCAAAGCGGUGCUAUCCGCAAUCGACAAAUGCAGCAACGGCACAAUCCGAUACGCCGAACCGGGGGAAUUCACUCGACGCGCUUUCAUGAACAAUCGCCUCGAUCUCCCGCAAAUCGAAGCACUAGGCGACACGCUGCACGCGGACACAGAGCAGCAGAGACGCCUGGCGGUGCGCGGUGCGGAUAAUGCGCUAUCGAAGCGGUACGAGCUCUGGCGUCAUGAGUUGCUCUACGCGCGGGGGGAGUUGGAGGCGCUGAUUGAUUUUUCCGAGGAUCAGCAUUUUGACGAGUCGCCGCAGGAGCUGGUGGACUCGGUUGCGGGGCAGAUACGUUUACUGUGUAGGCAGAUUCGCGCUCAUAUUGAGAAUGCGUCGAAGGGGGAGAUGCUGCGGAGUGGGAUUAAAGUGGCUCUUCUUGGUGCGCCGAAUGCCGGGAAGAGCUCGUUGCUCAAUCGCAUUGUUGGGCGGGAAGCGGCUAUAGUUAGCACUGAAGAAGGCACGACAAGGGAUAUCGUGGAUGUUGGGAUUGAUUUGGGUGGUUGGUAUUGUAAAUUCGGGGAUAUGGCUGGGUUGCGGUCAUCGGGGAGGAAUGGCGGCAGAGGUGUUAUUGGGGCGGUUGAGCAGGAGGGUAUUCGUCGAGCAAAAGCGCGCGCUCUCGAGUCGGAUGUUGUCGUAGUGGUGCUAUCUGUUCAGGAAAAUGGCUUGCUGCUCGCUAUUGACCCGGAACUUCUUGAGGCAGUCCACUCCUGUCAGGAGCAUGGGAAAUGUCUCGUGGUUGCUAUAAAUAAAACCGACAUGCUGCCCGUGAACACGUGGGACGAAACAGUUAGCAGCCUCAUCACCCAUGUCAGAACUUUGUUCACGGGCCUAGUUCCAGAGACCCGGGUUUUUGCCAUCUCCUGCAAAGAUUCCGAGAACGAGCUGGGGCUGGCAAGUGAUCCCGGCAACAUACAGAGCUUUCUGCGAGGAUUAAUUGCAACGUUUGAGGACAUUACCCGGCCAGAGGGAGUGGAAGGAGUGAAUGGAGGUGAAUCAAGUGAUAUUUCGUACUGGCAAGACUCGCUAGGAGUCACACAUCGACAACGUUCUAAUUUACAAACAUGCUUGCAUCAUCUGGAAGACUUUCUAUAUGAUACCGAAACCACAGCCCAGCCUGCUGACCAAACCCUCGCUGAUGCUAGAAUACAAACAAAGGAGACACCGAAAACACAAGAAAACAAAUCAAGGACGCCGUUUAAUGCCGUUCAUCAUGAACACAAUCAGUACAAUGCAAAUAAUGAUACAGUCGUCAAUUCGGAGGCGGAUGUGGACAUCGUGACGGCCGCAGAACAUCUGCGGUUUGCAGCGGAGAGCCUAGCGAAGAUCACCGGACGGGGAGAUGGCGGAGACGUGGAGGAUGUAUUGGGAGUGGUGUUUGAAAAGUAG